GUCAUUUUUUUCUUUAAUCCUGAAUUGAUGGCUUAACUGCGGAGACAGAUAGAGAACAGAGGGUGCGCUUUAAUUAUCAACGUCUAGUAUUUUUUUCUUUUUGUCGCCCUCAAAGUUCAUUUUUAGAACCGAAAACAACUAAUUUGAUUCACAAUGAAACGCCUUUAGGAGGUGACUGGCAGCAUCUUUGGAUACAGCUCCGGGACUGCACAACUGGAAAACUUAACGCAUUCAUUGAAAAAGCUCAUUUUGGAACUAUGCCUCAAAAAUGUGAGUGAAGAAUCUGUCGUCAGGAUCAUGCAUUCUGCUCCAAUGAGGUCAAAGUGACAAUCCGACAUGUAUGAGGAGAACCGAAAAAGGAAUGGGUACUCCAAAGAGGAAGAGGAGGGUGGUGGCGAAGCAGAAGAGGAGGAGGAGGAGGAGAAGGGAGGUGGAGAGGGCAAUGAAGGCAACGAGGAUGAAAAAGACGAGUGGGAGGAAAAUGAACAGCCGAAGAUGAACCGUACGGAAACGCUCAACUCCACCACCAGCUCCACUGGAACGCAGAAGAAGAAGAGUCAGCAUGUGAAGAAGCAGGUCCAGGGCUCCAACCAAGUCCAACGCGCGCCCAGAGCUCUUUUCUGCCUUAAAUUAAACAACCCUAUCCGCAGGGCCGCUCUUCACCUUGUAGAGUGGAAACCAUUUGACAUCUUUAUUCUUCUGGCCAUCUUUGCUAACUGUGUUGCUCUGGGGGUCUCCAAGCCUUUUCCCGAAGACGACUCGAAUGCCACCAACCAUGACCUAGAACAAGUUGAAUAUGUGUUUUUGAUCAUCUUCACUGUCGAGACGUUUCUGAAGAUCCUUGCGUACGGCCUCGUCAUGCACCCGAGCUCCUACAUCCGCAACGGCUGGAAUUUACUGGACUUUGUCAUCGUCAUUGUAGGGUUGUUCAGUGUGGUAUUAGAGACUGCUACUCAUAAAUCCGGUGAAACAACUUCCCACACACCGGGGAAACCGGGAGGUCUGGAUGUCAAAGCUCUCCGAGCCUUCAGAGUCUUACGACCCCUCAGACUGGUUUCAGGAGUGCCCAGCCUGCAGAUUGUGUUAAACUCCAUCAUGAAGGCAAUGGUUCCCCUGCUGCACAUCUCUCUUCUUGUCCUCUUUGUCAUCAUCAUCUAUGCCAUCAUUGGAUUGGAGCUCUUUAUCGGACGAAUGCAUCGCACCUGUUAUUUUAUAGGCACAGAUAAUUAUGCAGAUGAUGAUCCAGUCCCGUGUGCGUAUGCGGGUCAUGGUCGCCAGUGUGCUGCCAAUGGCUCUGAGUGCAGGGGAAAGUGGGAUGGACCAAACGGUGGCAUCACUAACUUUGAUAACUUCUUCUUUGCCAUGUUAACAGUGUUCCAGUGCAUCACAAUGGAAGGCUGGACAGAUGUCUUGUACUGGAUGAAUGAUGCAAUUGGUUUUGAGCUGCCGUGGGUUUACUUUGUAAGCCUGGUCAUCUUUGGAUCCUUCUUUGUUCUUAACCUUGUGUUGGGUGUUUUGAGCGGAGAAUUCUCUAAGGAGAGAGAGAAGGCGAAAGCUCGUGGAGAUUUCCAGAAGCUUCGUGAGAAACAGCAGAUGGAGGAAGAUCUGUGUGGAUAUAUGGACUGGAUCACUCAGGCUGAGGACAUUGAGGAGUUUGAUGAGGACGGGAACAGACGUGUGACCUUGUGUGACCUAGCUGAUAAGAAGAGGGGGAAAUUCGGCUGGUUCAGCCACUCAAAUGAAACCCACGCAAGUCUUCCAGCCAGUGAAACGGCCUCUGAGAACACUGAAAACAUAGAUGAGGAACACACAGAUUGUUGUGCUGCUUGCUGCGCUCGCAUUAUGAAGAUCCCUUGCUGUCGUGCCCUGCGCCGCUGGAACCGUUGCAUUCGUAGAAACUGUCGUACAGCAGUGAAAUCUGUGACGUUCUAUUGGUUAGUGCUGAUCCUAGUCUUCCUCAACACUGCUCUCAGUGCCUCUGAACAUUAUAACCAACCAGACUGGCUCACCGACGUUCAGGACAUUGCCAAUAAGGUUCUCCUCUCACUGUUCACAGUGGAGAUGUUGUUAAAAAUGUACAGUCUGGGGUUGCAGGCAUAUUUUGUGGCAUUUUUCAACCGUUUUGACUGUUUUGUGGUGUGCGGCGGGAUUCUGGAGACAGUUCUUGUGGAGAUGGAGAUCAUGCCACCUCUCGGCAUCUCAGUGUUGCGCUGCGUCCGCCUGCUUCGGAUCUUCAAAGUCACGCGCCAUUGGACAGCUUUGUCCAAUCUGGUGGCCUCUCUACUGAAUUCAAUGAAGUCCAUUGCCUCCCUGCUGCUGUUGCUCUUCCUCUUCCUCAUCAUCUUCGCUCUGCUUGGCAUGCAGUUAUUUGGAGGGAAGUUCAACUUUGACGAGACGCAGACCAAGAGAAGCACCUUUGAUUCCUUCCCUCAGGCCCUGCUAACCUGCUUUCAGAUCUUAACAGGUGAAGACUGGAAUGUAGUCAUGUAUGAUGGUAUUAUGGCAUAUGGAGGCCCAGUUUUCCCUGGAAUGAUCGUCUGUCUUUACUUUGUGAUUUUGUUCAUUUGUGGUAACUAUAUCCUACUGAAUGUCUUCUUGGCCAUCGCUGUUGACAACUUAGCAGGAGGGGAUGGAGACAAUAAGAAGAAUGAAGGAAAAAAAGAGGGAGAAGGUGAAGGUGAAGGUGAAGGAGAGAAUGGAGAGGUGAAGGUGGACAUUGAUGAUGAGUACGAGGAAGAGGAGGAGCCCGAAGAGGGAGAUGAUGAAGAAGGGAAAACUCAGCUCAAUGUUGCUGACUUUGCUCCUCCUAAAGAGAAAGUUCUACCGAUCCCAGAGGGCAGUGCGUUCUUCUGCCUCAGCAAGACCAACCCAAUAAGAGUGGGCUGCCAUACCCUGAUCCAUCACCACAUCUUCACUAAUCUCAUCCUGGUCUUCAUCAUUCUCAGCAGCAUUUCUCUGGCUGCGGAGGAUCCAAUCAGAGCUCACUCCUUCAGGAACAAUGUGUUGGGUUAUGCUGAUUAUGCGUUCACUUCUAUAUUCACUGUGGAGAUCUUACUGAAGAUGACAGUGCAUGGCGCAUUCCUGCAUCAGGGUUCCUUCUGUAGAAACUGGUUUAAUUUGUUGGAUCUUUUGGUGGUCAGUGUGUCUCUGGUCUCCUUUUUCUUACAUUCGAGUGCCAUCUCUGUAGUGAAGAUCCUCAGGGUGCUCAGAGUUCUGAGGCCUCUUCGAGCAAUCAACAGAGCCAAAGGACUCAAGCAUGUGGUACAGUGUGUGUUUGUGGCUAUAAGGACCAUCGGGAACAUCAUGAUCGUCACCACCCUACUUCAGUUCAUGUUUGCCUGCAUCGGUGUUCAGCUUUUCAAGGGUAAAUUUUAUCGUUGCACAGAUGAAGCUAAAAACACUCCAGAACAGUGCAAGGGCACGUUUGUGGUGUAUAAAGAUGGAGAUGUGAGUCAUCCAAUGGUGAGAGAGAGGAUCUGGAUCAACAGCGACUUCAACUUCGAUAAUGUACUGAUGGGAAUGAUGGCCCUGUUUACAGUCUCCACGUUUGAGGGUUGGCCAGCGCUGCUCUACAAAGCCAUUGAUGCCAAUGCAGAGAAUCAUGGCCCCAUUUACAACUACCGCGUGGAGAUCUCUAUAUUCUUCAUCGUCUACAUCAUCAUCAUCGCCUUCUUCAUGAUGAACAUCUUUGUGGGUUUUGUCAUCAUCACUUUCCGUGAGCAAGGAGAGGCUGAGUUCAAGAACUGUGAGCUGGACAAAAAUCAGAGACAGUGUGUGGAAUACGCUCUAAAGGCCCAGCCGCUGAAGCUGUACAUCCCCAAAAACCCAGUUCAGUACAAGUUCUGGUCUAUAAUCAACUCCACAGGCUUUGAGUACAUCAUGUUUGUGCUGAUUCUCCUCAACACCGUUACUCUGGCUGUACAGCACUAUGACCAGUCAAAAACUUUUAGUUACGUGAUGGACAUCCUCAAUAUGGUCUUCACCGGCCUUUUCACUGUGGAGAUGCUCAUUAAACUGAUGGCUCUCAGACUCAGGCAUUACUUUAUCGACGCAUGGAAUUCCUUCGAUGCUUUGAUUGUGGUGGGAAGUGUGGUGGACAUUGUGGUUACAGAGUUCAGCGUGAGUUCCUCUCUUACUUAUGCAAUCAACAGGAUUGAAAUAGAUGCAGUUCUAUAUAAUAGUCUAAACUAGCACAGAUUUCUUGGCAUCUGGUGCCGUUCAAGUUAAA